AUGAGCUUGCUGAAAAGGCCCUCGAAAACCGCCACCUUGGAGAAGCAUUGCAACAUCAACAAUCCCUGUGCUCGGGCCUCCGUUCACAGCCGGUCGACUGUGAAGAGAGACUCGACGUCACCGAAGCAAAAGCUGCGGGAGGCUGAACGUCAACGUGGCUUAUACGAGGCUGAAGCAGAUGAGGCUUCCCAGCGGAUACUGAAGUUGCAGCACGAAUUGGCUUUCACCAAACGCCAGCUUGCGGAAGAAAAGAAAGCCACUUCUGUUCCACAUCAAUCCCAUCAUGUCGCCAAUGCUGCUGCUGGUUUCGACCUCCCAGCAAUCAUGGCUUCAUACACUCAUGUUUGUGAAGUGGCGAAAAUGGCAAAGGCUGACUCUCAAUAUGUUCGAGGCAUGCUGCAGGAGGUCAUCAAGGAGCGAGAUUCCUUGAACCGUCAACUUCACCAGAACGGCUACCGUUUUGAUGAACUCACCCAGCGGCUCCAAGGACAACUUUCACAGGCCCACGACCUGAAUGGCCAUCUUCGGGACAACAUCAGAGGUUUGGAAGGCCAGAUCAACCAUCUCCUCCAGGCGAAGGAGGCUGCUGGCGAAUUGACCUCCGAGUUGGAAGCUCGCCUGGCGGAGGUUGAAGCCAAUAACCAGACCCUAUUGCAUGACUUCACCAACAAGCUGAUUGCUGAUCCUCAAGACGUCGUCGACCCGAUCAUGCGCACCUACAACGAAUCGAGAGACCUCCGCAACCAAGUCGAGGCGGCGCAGGCCAUAUCAGCUCGAUUCAUCGAAGUCAAUCAGAAUUUGAGUAAGGAGCUCCAAGAUGAGAAGGAGAAGGCAAGCUCAAUCCAGACUGAGAUGGAUCUUCUGAACAACAAAUGUGCGAGGCUCGCCGCCAACUACGAAGUCUUCGAGAACGAAGUGGAGCAUUGGAUGGAGAAUUUGCCCAAAGUCUUAAGACGUCAGCCUGAAGUGCCCGAAGACGAAUAUGCCAUCUGGAAAGAGGAGUACUUUCGUCAAUCCCGAGCGCACGUCGGGAAGACAAAGAGGAAGCUCAAGGCUGCAGCACUCGAGCUGUCCAAUCUCGAGUCCACACUGGCCAAAGUGGAGCGGAUGCACACAGCGGAAGUGGCUCAUCUGCAGCAGACUGUCUCUGAGAUGCACAACAAGAAUUGCAAUCGGGCCGGCCAACGGUGGAGAGAACAGUGUGAGAGUCAGGUCUGGGGAGACACAGCUGCGAUCAUCCAGCGCGCACACCGAGAUGAGGUCGAGAAGCUUAAGAAUCAGAACUAUGCCCUGCAGCAUAUGAAUACCGAGCUGAGACUCGGAAAAGAGGCUGCUGCGCAGGACGUCAGCCUGUUCAAGUGGAACUUCGCAGAGACAAUCACCAGAAUGCGCGAGUUAGAAGCCGAGUGGGCGUUCGCACGCGCCAAAACCGACGCCUUGGAAGAACGAUUCGCUGAGGCCUUGACAAGCAAUACCUUGCGCAUCCAGAAGCGGGAUGCAUUUGAAGAGAUGAGCCACGAGCAGAAGCAGCAGCUGCUCCGAACGGAGGAUGCGUGGAUUGUCAUUGCCACGGACAUCAACCUGGGUCGGGGUUAUGAUCCUGAGGAAGCCUCACCAUCGAUGGGUGUGUGGGAGACUUUCAUGGCGGAGGUCAAGGCAUGGCAGGAGAGGCAUGGCAAGGAGGCUUCAGAAGACGCGUGA